AUGGCCCUUCACUUGGAAAUAAUUCUUGAAUCAGAGCUUCAAGUGUUAAUAGAUCUUAUCAAAACUACUCAAAACGAUAAUACUUAUGUUCAAUAUGGUGUAUAUAUUAAAUCUUGUGCUAAAAGACUAGGUUGGCAGGAACUAAAAUUUAUUAGUGAAAGCGAGAUUGUAAAGACAAUUAGCAAUGCAUUUUCAAAAGUAGAAUUAAGCUCGAAUGACUUAUUACUCUCUGGAAUUCUGGACAUUGAAACUUUGGAUACUCCAAAUUCUCCAAUUAAGAAGGCAUUGCAAGGAAUAAGGCUAUGGGAUAAUGUUAAAGAAACAUUAUUGCCUAAGCAAUUACCUGAUGGACUAAAGAAAUUUAUUAAAAACCAAUUUUUGGCUGAUAAUGCUUUAAUACCGGAUCAUGAUAAUCGUCUGUACCAAAAUACCCUUAUUUUAAUUGAUUCAAUAAAAAGGUUGUGGAGAAUACCUAGUGUACAAUCGUGUUCAACUAAAGUUAACGAAUCAUCAUGGGCACAUUAUGUUUUACAACCAAUCGUAAAUUUUAUUGUAGAUUUUUUAGAAUCCGACAUAUUUAUUAGAUGGGAUACAAUUACAAGUAAAGCUAGUUUAGAAAGAAAUAAUGAAAAAGGGCCGAUUAAAAAAAACGACAUAUAUGGAGUAUAUGAAAUUGGAGGACAUUUGGAUUUAGAACUCAUGUUAGGAGAAAUUUCAAAUGGACCAUUUAAUCGAUCUUCUCAGGUGCAAGUACAUAUAAAGAAAGACAGAAUUAAAUUAGCAAAAUGCGGAAAAGAUGCUCUAGAUUUUGUAAUUAAUAAGUAUGCAAAAUCACAUAAUUAUGAUGAUUUGGUAAAAAUGCAAAAAAUCAAGGUUUAUUUAUUACACGCACAUGAAACUGUUUUAGAAUUGUUUAUUAUUGAUAGAAGCAUCGCACCGUUGUAUCGGAUGAGAAGAUUAGGAAUUGUUGAAAUUCCUUUUAAGAAUAACUCAGUGAAUAAACUAAUAAAUUUAAUUCAAUUUCUUUAUACAUUUAGUAUUCACAUUGAAGAGAAUUUGAGACUUAUUAAAGAGAUAUUUAAUGAAAAUUUGGACAAUGUUCAUAUUAGCAAUUAUUAUAGUGAGGAUAACGAUAGGAAUGAAGAGAAUGAAGAAGAGAACAUUUUUAAUGAUGGCAUGGAGGAUGAAUGCGAAGAAAUUAAAAUGUUUACAUAUAUUCCAACAUAUAAUACACCUCGAUCAUCUAUUAAUUAG